AAAAACAAGACACACACAAAGAAACGACUAGAGCAAAAAUAAUCUCAAAAAAUCAAAAUUUAAAAUUUUAAAAAAAAUUAAAAAUUUACGAAUCCAAUGAAACCAAAACCACUAACCAAGUGAAAGCUGUAACUUAGAUUUCCCCUUUCUCAAAGCAAAGAACACCAUUUUCUCUCUCCUCAAAAAUGGCGUAAACUUCUUCUACCUUCAACAAUGGCGCAACCACCGCCAAACCCUAAACCUCGCCGCCUCACUCCAUGUCAUCGUCACCCUAAUCUUCUUACUACUGGUCUUUGUGCGCCAUGUCUUCGGGAGCGACUCUCUCUCCUCAACCCAUCUUCUGCUUGUGGUGAAGCUUCAACUUCUUCUGCUGCUUCCGCCGGAGUUUUGCCGGAGUUGCGGCGGUGCAAGACUUUCUCGGCGAAGAACUGUGAUGUUGUCGUCGGAAUGGAGCCUCGCCGGAGAUCUUGCGAUGUUCGUGGUCGGAAAUCGUUGUCGUCUUUGUUUGAUAUUGAUGAUGAUAACGAUGAAGAGGACGACGUCGUUUCAGUUCAAUCGAGGAAUUUAGGGUUUUUGAGUAAAGGUACUUGUCCUGUUCCCGAGGAGGAAGAGAUUGAAGUAGUUGAAGGUGAAGUAGAUGUUAAACCUAGGGUUUCUAAUUUUAGAAAUGUAGAAGAUGAAUUUGAGGAAGCUAAUAGGACUAUGAAAGAGUUUAUAGAUCUUGAAUUGCAAGUUAAAAAUAGUAGUAAUAAGAAGGAUUUUAAGGAAAUUGCUGGUAGUUUCUGGAUUGCUGCUUCUGUAUUCAGUAAGAAGUUUCGAAAAUGGGGGAAGAAGCAGAAGAGAGAGAAUAGUGAUUGUAAUGGAAGAACAAGCAACAAUGGCGGUGUUGGUUUGGGGGAGAUGAAGCUUGAGAAUUUGAGAGGGAGAAGGUUGAGGGAUACUCAAUCAGAGGUUGGUGAUUAUGGGUUCGGAAGGCGGUCUUGCGAUACCGAUCCUCGAGGUUCAAUUGAUUUAGGUAGAGCUUCGAUUGAUUGUGGUGGGUUUGGAAGGAGGUCUUGUGAUACAGACCCUAGGUUUUCUAUUGAUUUAGGGCGGGCAUCGGUCGAUUGUGGUAGAAUGUCGAUUGAUGAGGUUGGGAGGAGUGAGUUUGAUGCUCCGAGGGCGUCUUGGGACGGGAAUAUGCUAGGUGGGAGACCAGCAUUGUCUCGUGGUAAUGCGAAUGGAAAUGCCCCGAUGGUUUCGGUUAUUGAGAAUGCUAUGGCUACAGUUUACGGGUUUGAUAAUCGAGUAUUGAGUGAAGGGAAGACGAAGGUGGAGAGUGGGAGUGAUAGGGAGAGGUGGAGGAAUGGGUUUGAUCGAUCUAUGAGUUCAGUAAGGAGGGAUAUGGGGGUGAUUGAGGAUGUUGAAGCUAAGGGAAUAUCGAAUGCCAGGGUUUCACCUGCUGCUAUUGGGAUCUUCAAUGGGACUAAGUUGCUUAUAACUGAGAAAGAUUUGAAUGAGUGGAGGUUGAAUUCGAAUUCCCUAAGGGAUGAUAAUAGCUCGGAGAGCUUUGAGACGGCUUCUAAAGACCUUGCAUCCGUCUCUAGCAGCAGUAAUGGCAAGGGGUUCAAGAAAUGCCGCCAAUGGAGCAAGUUGUGGAGUAUUUGGGGCUUGCUAAAUCGAAGGAAGGGAGACAAAUUUGGAAAUGAAGAAGGCGAUAGAGAACAUUUUCAGAGUCCUGAUGCUGAUUCUGCAGACAUCAGUGGAAGGAAACUUACACGAAGCCAUAGCACAUCGAGCUCUAGAGGCUCUUCCACGAUAGUUGGUUCAGUUGGUGGAGUAACGAGUAGGAAUGAAUCAAAGGCCAUUGUUAGGAGUAGGCAGGAACCUGUUGUUUUACAGAGGAAUCGAAGCGCUAGGUACACUAACUCACCUAAUCACCCCCUCGAUAAUGGCUUGUUACGAUUUUAUUUGACGCCAUUGAGGAGCCGUAGGAGAAAUAGGUUAGGAAAAAGUAGAUUGAAGAACUCAAAAUCUUUGGCUAGAAGUGUAUUAAGGUUGUAAUACUGAUUACUGAAACAAUAGAGCAGUAUAUGUUGAUAUGAGCUUUCAGUUUCAGGGCAUUCUGUAAAGACACUUGUAACCUUGUUUCAUGUUGCUUCUACUAUAAAACUUAUUUGUAAUUUUACCUUUUAGAA